CCGAAGAAAAACGGAGCGAUUCGCAUUUGCAUUGAUUAUUGCAAGCUGAAUGAAAUCACGAUCAAAGAUGUUGGGUUCGGUGUCCAAUGGGGAUUUGCAAUGCGCCGACCACGUUUCAGCGAGCGAUGAACAUGACAUUCCAGAACUUCGUCAACAAGACACGGCUGACGCAAGGGAUGAUUAACUUCUGCGUGAUCGUGUACAUGGACGAUAUCCUGGUCUAUUCGGAAACCUAUCACGGACAUGCGCAACACAUCGAAUGGAUAUUGGGCGCGUUGAGAGACGCUGGGUUCAAGAUUGCGCUCGAGAAGAGCGAAUUUUUCCUCUCGAAAAUUUCGUUCUUGGGCUACAUCGUGACACGUGGGGGAUUGCGGUCGGACUUGAGAAAAGUUGCGGCGGUGAAAGAAGCCCCGGUUCCCACGUCACUGACGCAGGUUCGAGCCUUCUUGGGGCUGGCAUCGUACUACCGGCGCUUCAUCAAGGGUUUUGCCGCGAUUGCACGACCACUAACGAAUUUGUUACGAAAGGACCAGCCUCUGAGCUGGGACGCGGAGUGCCAGCAAGCCUUUGCAACUCUCAAAGACGCUCUGGCGACGACCCCUAUUUUGAUUCGGCCGGACCCCUCGAAGCAGUUCAUUCUCAUCACAGAUUGGCAACCGGAAUCUAUUUCCGCUAUUCUAGCGCAGAAGGAGAACGAUGGUCGAGAACACGUCAUCGAGUACGCGUCACACACCGUACCGUACGAACGAAGGAAUGACUCGGCACCUCAAGGCGAAUGCUACGCAGUAGUCUGGGGAAUCCAACACUUCCAUCCGUAUCUCUACGGACAGAAGUUUUGCCUCGUGACAGAUCACGAACCCUUGCUGGCGCUGAAGAAACUCACCAACUACACGCGCAUGAUUGGCCGUUGGGCGGUGCGACUGCAAGAAUACGACUUCAAUAUCGUCCAUCGAAAGACAGAGCGACACGGCAACUCGGACGGGCUGACACGUCUGCACCGACCUGCCAAGGUACCGAAGGGCGAGGAAAUUACACCGUGGAAGGAGUCGGACUUGACCAACGAGCCGAAAUACGGACAAGUGGCGGUUCUUCCACAAGGAGCCGCAGAGCGCAUCCCGCCGUCGCAGCAACAAUACUUGGAUCCCCGAACGAUUCGCGAUCCUGCCUUCUUCAAGCACCCUACACCAGAGCAGUUUGCUGCCAUUCGAGAAGAAGAGGAGGAAGAAGAAAGCACCGGGAGUGACGAAGACGAAGACGUGCGAGAGGAAGGCGGGGAUAGCGACGAAGAGCUCGGUGAGGAAGAAGAAACCCCCGAAGAGGGAAGCUAUAGCGAGCAUAGCGAAGGGGAACAGAGCGAAGAAGAAGAAGAAGACGAGGAAGGAGAAGAGGAGCACGAAGAAGAGCCUGCUGAAUUGGAGUGGGAAGCCGUGCCGGAAGAAGUGCUGCGUACGGGUACAGAGGCAGAGGAUCUCGAGGCGGCCGGCAAAAGAGAAGAGAUCGCGGCCGGGAAAGAGUUGGAGCUCGCAAGCAUGGCGAUUCUGCAGAUCCACGACGACCCGAACAGAGAUCCGGAGCCGCCCCAACCUGAAGAUGGCGACCUCGCGGCCACGACUCCGGCCCCAUCAACGCGGCGACGGAGCCGAUCCCCCUCCUCCCCAACCCGUCCCCUAGUUCUCCAACGUACCGAUACGGGCGGUCGGCCUUCGUCCCCGAUUACUCUCUCGCCUUCCCCUUGACUACCUCACCCUCCGCCAGCUCACCACCCCCAUCACGUUCCCCUCCAAUCCGUUUCCCCGCGACACC